UCACAUACAAUUUUUGAAAGUCAAAACAUCUCACUGUUUUCUCAUGACCUCCUCCUUAACAGAGCGAUUUUUAAAUAUCCAUGCAAAUGUCAUGGGAACGUUUUUGUUUUUCGAAGUAAAUUAAGUGCGCAAUUUUGGACAGUCGAUCCCUACCAUCGAAAACAAGAUCAAGGUCAAUUAGCAGUGUACACUGAUUAACGAUAGUGACUGGAGCGUCGCUUCUGUAUUGCUAUUCAAAGGCUUUGUUAUUACUGAUAUUUUUAUCACAAAUGUGUUUUGGAUUAUGCUUGUAGUAAGUAUUGGGACGUUGAAGCGUCGAUUUCGAAGUAAACAAAGACCAAAAAAAUGGGCGAUCCAUUGUCUAACUAUGGUUGGUUUGACGAUCUCGCACAUCGGUCGAAACGUGAAGGACCAAGCGAGGGGGCCAUUCCGCCUAUUGGACCAAGUGAAAGACGAGGCACUAUUGCUGCAUUAAGUGGUUUGUUCAGAAGUUCAGUUGGAAAUUCAGGCGCAACGGGAAUACAAGGAUUUCUGAGUACGAGUAAUGCGAGUGGGUCCAAUCAGCUAAAGCCUGUGGAAAACGCUCCAACGCUUUCCACAGUACCCGCGCCAACUACCAACCAAAACGCUACAGAAACGUCUGAUUCCGGUACCAAGUAUAGAACUCAUAGGAGUUUUUCUUUAUUUUAGUACCUAUCAUUAUUUUUUUUAUUCAUAUGAAUGAAAGUAUAUUUUGUUACAUUAUGACUAGUCGAGUAUACCUAUUUUAGUAUUAAAAUAAGUUAAAGUUAA